GUAGUUAGGGGAACACUCAGCGUUGCAGCCUGAACUGCUUUGCUGCAUGCACGGAGCAGAUUGUAAAAGCACAGCGGAGCAUGAGUGAUCUCACACCAUAGAGGAGAGAAUGGUUCCCAUCCGCUUUGAGAUCUUGUGGAGAGUUUAGAUGCUCCUGUUCGCACAGAAAGACAGCAUCGACCUCUAAAAAAGAAAUUAAGCAGGAAGCACUAAAACGUGUGGUCGCUUGUUCCUGAAGCAGCCUCCAGCUUUCUAGAUUUGCAAUAUUUUGCCUCCAAGCAUGGGCUGCUCAUCAUCCAGCGCGCAGACAGUGGAGCAGGAGAAGAGGCCAGGCACAAAGCCUGAGGAGAGCAACGGAGACACAGUGGUCAGAAACGGUAUCAUUGCAGAAGAUGUGCGGACCAUUGAGGAUCAGAUGCUGCUGCCUGUGCAGACCGCCUCACCAGACGAUGCUAAAGAAGGACCUGAAGACGAGGCCGUGCUGGAGGCCGUGGAGGCCAAGGAGGAUCUCUGGUCUGGGGAAGAUAUCCUAGUAGUUCCUGAGCCCCCUGCAGCUGGUGAGGAGCUGGCACCACAACCUCCAGUACAAGAAGAAGUUGCCAUCACAGUAACUGAGGUAUUGGCCCCAGUGGAGGAAACACUUCCUGUAGAAACUAUAUCAGUAGAAGCCCCUUCUGAAGUCAAAGCAGUUGAGACCCUGGAGAAGACCCCUGAAGUUCAACCUGUUGAAGCUGAGCAGACAGAGGUCCCUGUACUUGUCAAGGAAGAAAUUCCAGUAUUGGUUCUAGAGGAGCCAGCAGGGACCACUGGCGUUCCGGAAGAGGAAAUCGCUGAAGAAGCCUCCAAAGCAGCAACUGAAGAUGCUAACCCUGUCCAGGACGAAACCCCACCCGGCAGUACCUCACCGGAAACUGAUUCAGAGACUCCAGCAGCAGCUGAAGCUUCAAGACCAACUACAGAUUCAGUAGCCGACGAAGAUGCAACACCAACCGAACCCUCAAGGCCUGAAAAUGCUGUAAUAGACACAACUAUUGCUGCAGUGAGUAUUCCAGAGAUGCCUCCGGUAACUCCUGCAGCAGCUGCUGCUCAGGCUGAGCGUCACUCUGCCACCGAUGAGGAGACGGAGGUUUCCACGGUCUCCUCUGAUGUUGCUGCCUCACCAGAGGAGGCGUCCGGUCCUGUAGAGGUUUCAGACCCGGAGCCAGUUGAGGCUCCACCAGUCGUGGUGAAUCCAGAGUCCAGUACGGAGACUGCAGUCCCAGCCGAAGUUCCUGACGGGACGCAAACUGAAGCCCCUGCAGGUCCAGAACCUGCAACUGAGCCGGUUCCUGAAACGCCACCAGAGGUGUCAUCUGUAAAUGAGGCCUCUAAGGAUAUCGACGAUGAAAUAGCCAAAAAGGAGGAUUAAUAUGAUCAGAGAUUCACCAAGUGAUGAAGCCACAAAGUGACACGUGAAGACCAGGGGAGGAAAACACCCUGAAGAAAACCCACACUCCAAAAAAAGUCUAACUUCUAUUUUUUUCUCAUCAACACCAAACUGCACAAUACAUUUAUGAUCAUUGAAUCUGCCUUAAUAAGUUUUCAUUCAGGAUAAAUGAGGAUUUCCUUCUUGUUUGUACUUAAACAUUUACCGCAGGGGAGAGGAUACGUUUUUCUACUCGGACCACAAAGUGCCUGGAGCCACACGUUUUCUCAGACAUUAAAAUAUGCAAAACACUUAGGCGGUGAGGUGUGUGAGGGUGCAAUACUACAUGGUAUCUCUUGGUAAUGAGGUAGGCAACUGUGGGCUGAAAGUAUUUAAAAAGUAUGAAGGAUGCUGGCAGCACAUCCUUCCUUACAGUUUUCUAAGGGACACAAGCCAAAUUUCACUGUGAAUAAAAAACAAAUGCACAAAGCUCAAAGAUGCGGAGGAACAGAACCGUCUUUGACAGCGGCUGCGUUUCCAUUAGAGACGAGCGCAAAAUGUUUGUCAAUAUUCUGUUAAUGUAAAAAAAAACACCAAAAAACACUAUUUCGCCAUCGUGGUGGUUUUAUGAAAUGAAAAACACAAUUAACAUCAAAUAUGAAUGAGGUUGUUCACACUAUAAAGUCAUUAAAAACAAACGCUCCGCCAGUAGCAACAUCUGGUUGUUGAUCAUUUGUGUGUUGCAAAAAAAGGAAAAAGUGCUUCCUUCGCAGUUUUGCAAAAUGCAAUACUUUUGAUCGAUGUUUUUCAAAAUCGGCUUUCCCAUUAAGCAAAUGUAUUCAUUGCGCAAUUUUAAGGUUAAUGGAAACACAGCUGGUAUCAUGCUACUUGCACAAGAUGCUAAGCAAAAAUGUACAUAAUCUAAUUGCUUGGAUUUUUAACAGAAAUGCAGUUUAUUCCUGCAGCUAUAUUAACAAUUUUCACAUUGUACUCCAUCUUUUGCUCUUUGCAGAUUAACAUGAGUUGAUGUUAUCUGGUUAGUUAUUCUGGUUUGGCUGAUUAACACACCUACUGACUCUGAUAGGACUGUCUGGAAAUUCUUGGAGCCAGCUGACCUGCAGUGAGCAGGAAUAAGAACAAGAGAGGGGGUUAUUGCUAUGUUUCUCCUCGACAGAGAAAAACUGGGUCACUCUGAAACAAAUGACACCAUGUAAUGUUGGUACCAGGAACUGGCUCACGCUUCGCCUCAACACUAACAAAACAAAUCCUUGGAGAUUCUGUUUUUGCGCACCGGACUUUGAGACCUUGGUGGAAAUAAAUCACGAAACAUGUUUACACGUAGCAAGUUUGAUUAAUAGUAACGGCAUGUUCUAAACAACACUGUGCACAGCUCACAUGGAAAGAGAACUUUCUUCAUCUGCAGGUUGAGGAUGAAGACGAGCGACUGCUGACAGGUUGUGUUAUUCUAGUCGCCCCGUUCAGCUGCAGUGUGGCUGUUGCCUGUUGCUUGGCAGUAAAAGUCUUUUCAGCAGACAUUUGAAGGUACUGCUGUGGGACGCUGACGUCAUACUCUUGUAUUUUUCAGUAAGAGUGACUCACCUGCUUCUGUAGCGCAGUUAGAAACCACAGCGUUCUAUGGAGCUUUCUACUUUCUUUUGUUUAUUGCAAAUAAUGGGAAUACAUUUCUGUUUGGUUGUUGUUUCAUUUCUUUCCUUGGAAUCGGCCACUUACUGUUUUUGUUUUUGGUCUAGGAUUCUGCUAACUGGUUAGUGUACAGAAUAAAGUUUCCCUUACUAAA